AUGAACACAAGCAAUGGCAACAACGAUUUGUGGGAGGGGGUGCUCACUGGGGCUGGGAGGGGGCACGGCGGCGUCCAGCGGUGGAGGGAGGUGCUCCCUGGCGCGGGAGGAAACGAGCAGGGCCGGCCGAAGCCGCGCCCACGCGUGCUCGUCGGGGCAGCCCGCGGGCUCCGGGAGGCCGAGCCAGGGGCUGGGAGCCCUGCGGCCGGCGGCGGCGCGAGACGGGGUCGUUGCGGGGCGGCUGGACGGAGGCGUUGUGAGGCCGGGGCUGGGUCGGGUGGACGGCGACGCCGCGAGGAGGGGGCGGAGAGGGUCGGGGUGGAGGCGGGGAGGGGCGAGGGAAGGGGAGGGGCGCGGGUGGAGCGGGCGGCGAGGAGCGGCGCGGUUGGAGCGGCGGCGGGUCGGCGGACGGUGCGGCCGGGGUUGAGCGGCGAGUGGAGGAGAGAACGAGUGGAUGGCUGCGCGCGGGUUGACCGGCGAGUGGAUAAGGCGCCCUAUGCCGACGGCUUAGCCGUCGGUGGGCUGCCUCCUCCUCCGGCCAGGCCCAUCCUCGUCUGCACCCGCAAUGACGACCUUGACGGCGUGCUCGACGCCACCCCCAAAUCCCGGUGGGGCGACCUGGUGUUCUUCCAGAACGGUAUGCUGGACCCGUGGCUGCAGAGCAAGGGCCUCGCCGGCGCCAACCAGGUGCUCGCCUACUUCGCCGUCUCCGAGCUCCGCGAGCCCCCCGUCGAUGGCAUCACCGACGCCAACCCAGAGGGGCUCACCGCCACCUUCGGCAACUGGGCUCCCGCCAUCGCCGCCCGCCUCCAGAACGGCGGCCUCACCUGCAAGGUGCUUGAGAAGGACGCCUUCCAGAAGCAAAUGCUGGAGAAGCUCAUCUGGAUUUCAGCCUUCAUGCUCGUCGGAGCGUCGCAUCCGCAGGCCACGGUCGGUGUGGUCGAGAAAGAACACCGAGCUGAGGUAUCCACCCUCAUUGCUCAGCUAGCAUCUGCCGCGGCUGCGGAGCGGGGGCUAUCUUUCGAUGAUGGCAUGGAAGAGAGGCUCUGCGCCUACUCCAGAGCAGUGGCGCACUUCCUGACCGCCGUCAACGAGUUCAAGUGGAGGAACGGUUGGUUCUACUCUCUCACUGAAAAGGCCCUCGCGGAAGGGAAGCCUGAUCCAUGCCCGCUCCACACAGCUUGGCUCAAGGAGAUCAAGGUCAUAUAGAGAGAAAGUUUUCAUUU